AGAAGUUCAAGUCGCCUAUCUAUAUAAAUAUAAAUAGAGUGCUUCUUUUCCUUGUAUAUAGCCUAUCACUCGGAUUCGUUUCAUAAAUUACACUGAAAAAGAGAAGAGGUAGAGAAAAUGAAGAAAGGAGAGCUAGUUUUCAUUCCUUUUCCGGGUGUGGGCCACAUCGUCUCAUCGUUGGAGAUGGCAAAGCAUCUUGUUGCUCAAGAUCUUCGUCUUUCAAUAUCUAUCCUUCUCAUAAAAAUACCCGGCUUCGACUCCCCAAACAAGUCCUCCAUGCAAUCUCUUGGCUCCAUCUCCGAACGCAUCAAGUUCAUCGAAUUACCGGAAGGUCAGAAAGCUGACCGCAGUUCUAAUAAUUCCAAUCCCAUCAAUUUCAUCACUUCAUUCUUCGAAAAUCUCAAACCCCACGUUCGACACGCCGUCAAGAACCUCAUCGACUCCUUUUUUUAUCAACCGGACUCGCCUACGCUGGCCGGUUUCGUCAUCGACAUGUUCUCCACUGCCAUGAUCGACGUUGCAGACGAGUUUGGGGUCCCCUCCUACGUGUUUUUCACAUCUGGAGCCGGGUUUCUCCGCCUCAUGACUCAUCUCGAAUCCCAAUGUACCCACCAUAACAAAGAUAUUACCGAAUAUAAAGAUCAACCGGAUGCAGAGCUUGUCGUUCCAGGUUUCGUUAACCCGAUCCCUGCUAAGGUCUUCCCCGAUGUGCUAUUGGACAAGGUGGCGUGCCCUUUGAUUCUCGGUCAGUACAAAGAUAUGAAAAAAACCAAAGGUUUUUUGGUGAAUACGUUUAUGGAGUUAGAGUCCAACAUGAUUGAUUCUAUGACUGAAGAUAAAUUGAUCCCGCCAAUUUACCCUGUGGGACCCCUUGUAAAUCUUAACCCUAACCGAGCCCACAAAGGAGUUGGUAUGACCGAUGAUAAAGAAACUAACAUCGUCACUUGGCUUGAUAGCCAGCCUCCUUCGUCAGUAGUGUUCUUGUGCUUUGGGAGCAUGGGAAGCUUCAAUGGAGAGCAAGUGAAAGAGAUAGCCAUUGGAUUAGAGCAAAGUGGGGUUCGGUUUCUGUGGUCGUUAAGAAAACAACCACAGAAGGGUGAGUCUCCAGAGCCAAAAGAAUUCACAGAUUUGAAUGAAGUUCUUCCAGAGGGAUUUCUUGAUCGAACGGCUGAGGUCGGAAAGGUCAUAGGGUGGGCUCCACAGGUGACUGUCCUGGCUCACCCCUCUGUUGGAGGGUUCGUGUCGCAUUGUGGUUGGAACUCAACCCUCGAGAGCUUGUGGUUUGGGGUGCCAAUGGCCACGUGGCCGUUGUAUGCGGAGCAACAAAUCAAAGCUUUCAAGCUAGUGAAGGAGUACAGAUUAGCGGUGGAGAUUAGAUUGGACUACAGGAGGAGUUACAACAGUGCUGGUCAUGUUGACAAUGAAGCAGGGAUUGUGAUUGUGAAAGCUGAAGAAAUAGAACUUGGAAUUCGAAGGAUGAUGGAGCCUGAUAAUGAUAUUAGGAAGAGAGUGAAGGAAAUGAGUGACAAGGGCAGGAAAGCCUUGUUGGAGGGUGGGUCUUCGUACACUUAUUUGUGUCGUUUUAUUACAGAUGUGAUACAUAAUAUACCUCAAAUGUGAAGCUUUUUUUGGUUGUUAAGUAUGCAUAAAAUUUAUUUAAUCAUGUUAAACCAGCGACUACGUUAGCUCGACGUAGCAAAAAGUUUCUAAUGGUUGUAGGGGGACAUUAGAUUGUAAUUAGACUUGUUGUGAGAUUGGAGUAUAAUAAUAUGCAAAAAUUGGAACUA